UGCAUGAAUUGCAUGGCGGCGGCUUCGCUGGGUAGGUCAGUGCCAGUGGUGCAAGUUAGUGAUUGUGGAGUCCGGGGAUUGCAGUAUGGAUGUGAUUGGAGUAACUAAGAUGAUCACAAGCAAUCUGGAUAUCUUCUCUUCAAUCAGUCCACCUUUGGAUGAAACCACACUUGUUUCUUCCUGUGCUGCACCACCCAAGGUUACAGGACUGUCCUCCUUACGAUACAAGACUGAGCUCUGCAACAGAUAUACAGAAAGUGGCUUCUGCCCUUACAAAAAUAACUGCCAAUUUGCCCAUGGCCUGAGUGACCUCCGCCCACCAUUUCAGCACCCAAAAUACAAGACUGAGUUAUGUCGUUCCUUCCAUUUGCUUGGCACCUGCAACUAUGGCCAGCGCUGUCUGUUUAUACAUGGUGAUGGUGAGCGGAGGGAAAUACCUGACACAAUCCGACUUCGGCAACGACGUUUAGCGCCUUUUCACAGCAAAAAGCAAUGUCGUCUCUUGCGCUCCCCUUUCGGCUGCCCUUAUGGUUUGAAUUGUCUAUUUCAGCACCCACGGGCUGUUCGCGAUGUCUGCCGUCACUUUGCUGCACUUGGUGUCUGUCCAUAUGGUGUCCACUGUCUCUUUAAGCACACCCCACCUCCAGACCGCUGGGGAGUGGGAAGCAAUGCUGGAAGUGGGUCCAUUUCUCCUUCUGAAACAGAUACUGAUGCUGGGAAUGAUCUUUUCAGUGACUCCUCGGCUAACAAUGCUUUUAACUUUUCAAGUCUGCUCUUACCACUUGCCCUUCGUCUACAGAUCCUGGGAGAAGAGGACCUAUCUGUGAGGAGUCCUCCACACUUUACAGAGGAUGAAAGCUCCCAGGGACUAGACUCUUCUUGACAAGCUACUAGAUACAUGUAUCAUAUGGUGGCACUUCUAACCUGACUUUGUUCAGGGUCUGUUUUUAAAUGGAAGAGCUAAUUGCUUUAAUGAAUGCCAAUAUGGCUCUUAUGUAAAUAAAUGUUUAAAUUAUUCCUUUA